CUAUUGACUCUGCAGACAGUUGGUGACUUCUGCGCACUUUGGCAACUACUGCGCACUGUGCGCUUCAUUUUACAUGGCCUACCUCUUUGUGACUGAGAUGUUGUUCUUCCCAGUUGCUUCCACUUUAAUACAAUACCACAAACAUUUGAUCGUGGAAUAUUUAGUAGCAAGGAAAUUUCAUGGAUGGACCUAUUGCACAGAUGUCAACCUAUCACAGUACUACGCUUGAAUUCACUGAGCCCCUGAGAGUGACCCGUUCUUUCACAAAUGUUUGUAGAAGCAGUCAGCAUGCCUAGGCACUUGAUUUUAUA